GAAUUAGAAAAUCGAUGGGUUAUAUAGAGCGGUGAUAAUGCGGUCAUUGUUAGUUGGGAAACAGAUUUCCGCCAUGAAGGUUGUGUGCAGCAUCGUUGUUCUAUGGACUUGCUUGAUAACUAUGUGGCAGUCAGCUGGCCACGUUAGCGCAGAGGGUUGCCUGAAGCACCACAACCUGACCAGUGCCCAAGUGGAGGCAGUGGCUCCAUCCACUCCCGUUGCGGAGGUUCCAGUGGCCGUUAAGUGCUACAGCAGGUGUCUGAUCCAGGAUUAUUUCGGCGACGAUGGCAAAAUCGAUCUGCAGAAGGUGGGAAAGCGAGGAUCGGAAGAGGACCUUGUGAUUUUGUCCCAGUGCAAGCAGCAGUUCGAUGGCGUCACCAAUCUGGACACGUGCGACUAUCCAUACCUGAUUCUACAGUGUUAUUUUAAGGGCAAGCAGAGCGGAACUAUCGCCUCGUAAUUUACCAAUUAACAAAAAAAAAAAAUGAAAAUAAAGUAUAUAUACAUUAAAACAUA